AUGGCGGAAGGGGAUCAUGUCGAUAUUCCCGAAGAGGUCAACCCCUCGGUCCCGACUCUCUCUCCACCACCGCAAACACACGCUCCACUGCCUCUCACUCCUGCAGGCGUACUCCCGGUGUACUCCGGCGCUCUCCCAACACAUCUCCCGCCCUCGGCGUCUUCGGGGGCGCCUCCGCCACCAGCCUCACCAACUUCCGCCGCCACCAAUGACCAAGCCUGCAUAGCGGCUCUCGAGGGCACGGUCAAUCAAAUGGCCACUAACAUGGCGGAGCUACUCGCCCUGCUCAGAGGACCUAACCGGGCCCCCUCGAGUUCCACACCCCCGCCGGGACCGGGGCCAACAGUCGAUCCAACCCCGUGGGCUCCGCCGGUCCAAGCCCAGGAGAACGUUGAGGCUCCCGCACCGCCAACGCUGUAUACGUCCACGGUCCACCCCUUCACCACUCAACUUCCGCCGCCACCGGCCCCCUCGGUAGUCCCUCCUCCGCCGGCUACCUUUCUAUCCUCGGAGCACGUCCUGUCCGCACCUCCGCCCGUUUCCAUACCGGCUCCGGCUAUGGCCUACUCGGUACCUCCGCCGGUGGUUUUCCCGGUGUCCACUGCAUCUGCUCCGACUCAUCUCCAAGCCGCGGAGCUCCCUUCUUAUCCGUCUUUACAUCCUCACGUCGGCCUCUCCUACCAGGCGCCGCCCCUCAUAGACACCACCUUCCACGAACCGGGCAUGCCGACUCAUGCAGCCCAGUUCGCCUCGCCGACGCAUUUCUUCCCCGAGGCUGACACCGAACAGGAACGAAGGCUCAAGAAGAUGGAAGAGACGAUAAGGGCCCUACAAGCGGGGGAGGGCGAAGGCGAGCAAGGUUGUUCCUCCCCCUUCGUGAUCGAGUACAUACCCGCAGAAGCCGCAGUUGGGUUCACCGGGAUUGACGCACCUCUUGCCCCGCUCGUCAUAGAUAUUCCCGCCCGAGAACCAUACUCGGACGACAAGGUCCCCUGGACCUAUGAAGGGGGUGUCGGGAGCCUCGAGCAAUAA